AUUUCUUAUUCAUUGUUAUCCCGUUCAUCAACUUUUAUCAUUAUGAUUCACAUAUUUUUCUUCCUCUUUUUUCCCUCCAUCGAUGCCAGAAGAACUGAGAAUCUUUGUGUGCAUCGUCAUUAUAAAAUUUGAGCGAUGACUGACUCACAACAAAGAAAAGAAGAAAAUAAUUUUUGUUUUCCGUGUUUUGUUUGUGUUUUUGAUUGUGGAAAUUUGUUCAAAACAAAUCAGAAUUUGUUGAUGGAAAAUGAAAAUGAAAUGAAAAAUAUUUUUGUGACUAGUUUUUGUCGUUGUUUGAUGACAAUUUGUUGACAUUAAUGUGUUAUGAGAGAAAGUUUGGUAGCAUGGGAGUAGCAGUGGUGAAAACAAGAACAUUAGCCUUUGAUUUUAAGCAAAAAUAGGCAGAAAUUUCCAACUUAUUAAUCAAAAAUUCGAAAAUUGAAUUUUAUAGCAAAAUUUUCAAGUUUAUAGCAAACUUCUCAGAAAUUUUAUAACAUAAUUCACAAUUUUAUAGCAAAAGAUAAUGGAUUCACAAAGUGCUUUGAAGUUAACAAAAUAAGAAUCAAGUGAUAGAAAUAUUAAAACUGGACAUUAAAAAACAAAAAAAAAACAACAAAUUUUCUACCCCAAAUAACCCAAGAAACAAUCCCAAAAAAGUUCAAAAAUGCCCCAACAACUCGAUGGAAAUGCAACACAAAACUUUAUCGAUACAACGAUCAACCGUUCACUGGAAUUUGUGUCGACAACAAUAAAUCAAGUUCUCGAAUUGAUUUUCUGUCUGCUUGCUGUCAUCACACUCGCACGACUUGUCAGCAUUUUCUAUACUCGAAGGCCGGAAAAUGUAGAAAAUGAGCCAGAAAAAGUCGAGGAAGUGACAAAAGUGACAGAAAAGGCCGAAGUUGAGGAGAAAAUUGAACAACCGGAACCAAAAGUGGAGUCGAAACUACUAUCAGGAUGGGAAAGUGAGUCAAUCAUUGACGUUAAACAGCCACAAUUGGAAGUUCCGCAGAAAGUCAUAAAACAGCAGCUUAAAAUACCGAGACGGAAGUGCAUUAGCGUGGGUCCAGUUUUUGUGACGCCACAUUCACAAAUCGUACGAAAUAUCAAUGUUGAGGAACGUGAGGAACGAUACCGAUAUGAUAUAUUGCCCAUCAAUAGUCCCGAAUUGAAUCAAAUCGACACAGCAAUUGUUGACAUCGUUAAUGUAUCUGAGCCCCGAAGCACGCCCAUUCCAAAUGACGAAUUUCAACAAUACACCGACAGCCCAGACUCAAGUCUUUACGGAUCAGAAGACGAAGAGCAAGAGGAUGUCGCUCAGUAUCGUCGUGGUGGUUAUCAUCCAGUUCAUCUCGGCGAUAUGCUUCAUAAUCGUUAUCGUGUCGUUCGUAAACUUGGAUGGGGACACUUUUCAACCGUUUGGCUGUGCCGGGACAUUGAGGAAGAGAAAUAUGUCGCGUUAAAGGUUGUCAAGUCAGCACAACAUUAUGCCGAGACGGCGGCUGAUGAGAUAAAGUUAUUGGAAGUGAUACGAGACGCGGAUCCUUAUGAUGUGCAUCAUGAGAGAAUUGUGAAGCUGUUGAAUCAUUUCACUGUUCGUGGUGUCAAUGGUGUCCAUACGUGUCUUGUGUUUGAGGCACUUGGAUGCUCGCUUUAUAAAUUAAUUGUGAAAAAUAAUUAUCAGGGCUUGGCUAUUUCACAGGUUAAGUCUAUUAUUAAACAGGUACUACAAGGACUUGAUUAUCUCCAUACAAAAUGUCAUAUUAUACAUACGGAUGUAAAACCAGAAAAUAUUCUCAUUGUGAUGGAUAAUGCGGCUGCCAUAAAUCAACAAAUUGAUGAAGCUAUUAAGGAUUUGAAGGGGCGAGGCUAUGGUGCUCACUGGUUUCCGGAUUCUUAUGGUAAAUUUUGA